GAAGCGCGUUCCCUCCAGUGCAAACCAGCAACUUUCGUCUGCUCUCAUAUUUGGAUAGCUCAGCCGCAUCUCACGGCUCCAUAGAUCGUGACCCGCUACAUCUAUUCACGCCCUGGCUGCAACCUGCGCCUGCAAGCAACUUCUGCUCGCCCACCGGUGGCCCACUCCUGCGCCGCUCUACUGCUAUCGCCCCAACAGCUCACCGGAGCUAAUCUCAACAAUUACGAAACGCCGAGCCGCAUGGCGCCUUCCAUGGCGAGGCGGAAACGCAAGGGCGCCCGUCGCGCGGGAAAUCAGUUGCUCCCCCCGAGCAGCAGCUCUGCCGGUGUGACACCUGUGCUCCUGCUCAUGGCCGCGGCCGCGCUGCUACUGGCGCCGACGGGCCUCAACGCGCGCUCCCUGACUCCCAGCAGUGCCUCUGCUACAGCGGGCCCUGCGGGCGCCUCCACCAUCCUCGGCGCCGCUUCUCCCGCCACAGCUGUUGCUACGGCUGCUGCUGCGGACACUGCUGCUAGCGGCGCGUCAACGCGCCCUGCAGCGACAGCGGCACAGCGUCGCUCAGCGCUCGAUUCAACCCCCUCGACUUCUACUCCUUUCGCGGCCGCCGGCACUCCUGAAGCCUCAGCAAUACCUUCAAGCAGCGGCACCGGCGCCUCGUCAACGCGCGAUUCGGACUUCAGCCCGGCGCACCUUCGUGUGGUGACUAGCGAAGUGGAGUUCCGGGCCGCGCUGGCCGAUCCCGGAGUCAACACCAUCUGGGUCAACGGCUCCUUGACGCUCACGCAGGCGUACUGGCGGACUGUUCCCACCGUGGAGGUCCAGCGACCACUCAUCAUUGAACCCUCGCCCGACUCGCCGCCGCUGCCCGUGUUCGACUUCGCCUACGUAAGCGGCAAGGCACGCAUCGCCGGUUGCGUGCCGCUACCCAUCAUAUUCCCCGUCGCCGACAAGCUACCCACCAACUCCGGCGUUGCAACUGCCACUGACGCUGGUGCGGGUGCGGGUACUGGCAGCGGGGCGCGCGGCACUGCCGGCGCGGCGCCGCCCGCUGCCGUCGGCGGUGCUCCUGCCGCCACUGGCAAGGCAACUGCCAGCACCCUUUUCACUGAAGCCGCGGCUGCUGCUGCUACUGCUGCGGCCGCUGCUGCUGCCGCUGCCACUGCCAGUGCUACUUCCACGCCUUCGUCGGCCCCACACACCACCGCGAUUCGCACGCUCCUGGCGGCGGCCGGCAGCAGUCCCACGACCUCGACCCACAUCGCCGCAAUCAUGGGCAUCGCCCCACCCGAGGUCAGCAACCCAGCUGCCGCCACCUCCACGCCCGUCGCCACCAUAACGCCCGUCGCCACCUCCACGCCCGCCGCUACAGCUGCGAACGCUCCUACGCAGCAGCAACAGCCGCCGCCGCUGCAGCAGGCGCCGCAGCAGGCGCCGCAGCAGCAGCAGGCGGACCCGCAGGCGCCUCCGCCCCAGCAGCACUUCCCCGCCUCCACCUGGGGUCUUGACACCCCACUGGACCCGCGUGGGCCGCUUGUCAUUGUGCGCGGCUUCGAGCUGCAACACGUGCAGGUCCGCGUGUCGUUCGGCUUCUUCGUGUCGCCCGACAACUGCGAGCUGAGGGUGGAGAACUGCGUCAACCACCUGGAGGUUUCCAUGCCCGAGAGCUUCGGCAUGCGCUACUGGGCCGCCGCCCCCCGGCCCGGGCUGUACGGCGCGCACGGCUGGCCGCAGCUGUUUCAGUACCUGGCCUCCUGGUGCUACCCAAACAACCUGACGCGCUGCUACCGCACCGCCACGCACCUGGCCGAUGUGGCGCUCAUCAACCCCCUGACUCAGGACAACGGAGGCUACGUGCUGCACUACCUGCACUCCUUCUCGCACGGUGACGUGGUUAUGGACGAGGAGUGCGUCAAGUUCCUCAGCUACCCCGAGUGCGUCCAGCGCGCACUCGCCAAGCUGCACGGCGUCCCCAUCACACCCCUGCCCGGCAGCAGCAGCGCAGCUAACGUCACCACCAACAAUAACAACGCGGAUGCCGCAGCCGCACCGGCAGCUAGCAAUGUCGACAGCAGUAGCAGCGGCAGCGCCCCUGACGGCAGUAGCACCAGCAGCAGUGGUGCAGCGGACGCGCCCGGCCCCGACCCCCGCACCGAGGACUCUGAAUCAGGCAACACCAACACCAACACCGCCGUGCUCGGCAGCGCGCCCGGCGCCGCCACCUCCGACGCCACUUCCCCCGGCGGCACCGCUCCCGACGGCGCCGCGCCCAUGCCUGCUUCAGAGGAGGAGGAGGCGGCGGCGGCGGCAGCCAAGGUGGCGGCGGACCAGGCGCGCAAGCGGCGGGUGCACCGGCGCCUGGAGUGGAUGCUGCCCAUGCUGCUGCCCCUGGUGCUGGUGCUGGUGCUGGUUGCCCGCUGCCUGUGGAUGAGCCACCGCCGCCGCCGCGCCGACUUCGCCGUCUCCGUCUACGACGACGGCCCCGUGGCCGCUGACGCCGACGCCAAUGGCGGCCGCGCACAGCCGCUGACUACCUCUCGCUCUGCAGACGACGGCGGCAGUGACGGCCCGGAGGGCGGCGGCGGCGGCGGGCGUAUAUUCGACCGGAGCAACGGCGGCAACGGCGAUCCCACCCUGUUCGGUCGCCUGUUUGGCAACGGCCACCGCAACCACCGCAACCACAAUGGCGCCAACCGCAACGGCUCCUCACGCGCCCUCCUGGACGGCGGGCACGGCGGCGCCGCCAUCACCUCCACCUACGCGGCGGCGGCCGCCGCCACCCAGGCACCGCCGGCGGCCGACGGCGUUGUUGCUGCGCCCAUCUGCGGCACUGGCACGAGUGUGGCGCUGCCGGCCACGGCGCCUGGCGGGCUGCUGCGUGGACCCGACGGCAUCCGGCUGGGGGGCCUGUUGGGCCGCGGCGCCUUUGGCAGCGUGUUCGAGGGCUGGUGGCGCGGCCGCCGUGUCGCCGUCAAGGUCAUCGCCACCACCUGCCGCGCAGACGAGAUCAAGGUGCAGCGCGAGGCUCGGCUGGCCGCCUCCCUGGCGCACCCCAACCUGGUCGCGCUGCUCAGCUGCACCACAGCCGCUACCAGCAGCGGCACGCACACCGCUUCCGCCGCCACCGCUGCCACCAGCAACAACCUCAGCACCGCGACCACCACGCCUGCUGCCGGCCCAACGCCCGCCAAGACCGCUCCCACCCCCCGGACGACCGGCUCUGCCGCCGCGUCGGUCUCGGCCUCCGCCUGCGCCUCCUUUGUCGCGCCCUCCUCAUCCCGCGGGGGCAGCAGCACCCACGCCAGCAGCAGUGCGCGCGUCACGCCGCGCGACCACCACUCCCGCGACGACACCAACGCCACGAACACGGGCGCCGCCAACACCCACAGCGGCGGCGCCCGCAAGGGCACCGGUGGCGCCGGCGGCGCCCGCAACGCCCCCAGGAGCCUCACACCGCUGCGGCUGUUGUUCCGGACCAUGUUCAGCACCACCAGCCGCAAGGAUGAGGCCACUGCUGGCGCCGCUGCUGCUGCUGCUGAUGAUGAUGACCUGGAGCAGCAGCAGCAGCAGCAGCAGCCCAGCACGGCAGCUGUCGCUGCAGUGACCGCUGUCCCCCUCCCAGCGGUGGCCGUGUCAUCUCCCAGCCUGCGGCCCGCGCACAUGAUGGAAACUACUGGCACCGCCGACUCCCUGCGGCAGCGGCACCAGCACCACGAGCAGCAGGUGGGGCCGCGCCCCAAGCCCGCGUCGGCCUUUGCCUCCGCCUUCGCGAUCGGUGCCUCCGCCGCCAGCAGCAGCGCCGCCGGCAACACAUGCGGCUCUGCGGUGGAGCUGGUGGCCACCACCGCCACCUCCGGCGGCACCGCCACCGGCAACACCGGCAACACCGGCAACACCACCGGCACCAGCACCACCACUCCUGCCGCACGUCAGCGCCGUCCCGCCGAGGACCCGCGUUCGCCCUCGCUGCCCCGCUCGCCCUGCUCCCCGCCGGCCACUACCGCCAACACCAACGCACAGCCGCAGCGUCUGACGGGCGCUGCCGCCGGCGGCGGCAUCAGCUUUGCCUCCACGCCGACGUCGGUGGGCAGCAGCGAGGCGCGGGACACGUUUGACGCCAACGCGCCGCCGCUGCCGCUGAGCGCCGCACCCUCCUGCAGCAUGUCCGCGUCCCUGGCCGUGCCCGCCGGGACCCUCCACGGCACUCCGCGGCCCCCCAUUUCCUCCGCCUGCUCCAACAUCCUCACCGCCACCCUCUCCACCCGGACCUCCAACGCCGCCCACACCCUCACCGGCGUCAACUCUCUGACCACGCCCGCCGCCACUCCCACCCGCCGCUCGCUCUUCGCCUUCGGCAGCGGCGCCAGUGGCACCGCCACCGCCGCCACGGCCCGGCCGGGCACGCCCGUUACCCCCAAUGCCGCCACUCACGCCAGCGAGUCUGCUACCGCUGCGUUCGGCGCCGCUGCUUUUGGCGCCGCUGCUGCCGGUGCUGCUGCCGAUGCCGCCGCCAGCGGCACCCAUGCGGACUUGGCACCAUGCAUGGUGCUGACGUCACCGCGCCGCGGCCACGCCACCGCGCGCUCCCUGGUGCACCGUCGCGGCUCGCCAGUCAAGCCGCCGGCGACCGCGCGCGGCGGCGGCGCCAGCAGCCCCACCAAGACCGCCGCCGCCACGACCACUGCCGCCGCCCUCCGCCAGCACCAGUCUUACCAGGUGCACUCCGGCGCUGCUGCUGUGGCCACGCCCCGCGAGCACGGCGCGGCAGCACACUCACAGACCGGCCUGUCCGGCGGCGGCUUCACCUCUUCUGCCCUGGCCACCACCGCCGUCCCCGCACCGGCGCUGGCGGGCCUCCUGGAUGCCUGUGCCUCCGGCGGCGACGCCUCAUCAGCCGCCCUGACCACCGCUGGCCCCGACGCUGCCAUCACCACAACCACCAUUGACAACAACAACAUCAACAGUGCCAACACGGCGGCGCCCAGUGAGACGUGGCUGGUGAUGGAGCUGUGUGACGGCGGCUCUCUGGCGGCGGCGGCGGCGCGCGGCGAGUUCGUGCGCCGCCCUGCAGUCGCUCCGGCGCGGCAACAGCAGCCGGAGGCUGCUGGCGUCACAGGCACCGAUGGCCCACAGCUGGAUAUGGUGGGCGUGCUGGCUGUGGCACGCGACAUUGCCCGCGGCCUGUCACACCUGCAUGCCAAGGGCAUCGUCCACGGCGACAUGAAGAUGGAGAACGUCAUGCUCUGCCGCAACGCCGCCGCCGCCGGCCGCAGCCGCACCGCCGCCCGCACGCCCUCAGCCUCAGCCUACGCCUUCAAGGCCGCCGCCGCGGGCGGCGGCGAGAGCGCCGCCGCGGGCGGCAACUCCUGGUGGCCCUUCGCCGUGGGCGGCGGUGCGGGGGUGGCCUCCGUGUACGCCAACCCCGUGGCGGCAGUGGGCACUCCGGCCGCCAGCAGCCCGGCCGCCUCGGGCGCCCUGUUCGGCGGCGCCGGCGCCUCCAGCAUCAACGGCGACGGCGGCAUUGACGCGUUCCGCUACACAGCCAAGGUCGGCGACUUCGGGCUGAGCCGCGCGCUGGAUAGCGGCCGCAGCCACCUGCAGCGCACCGCGGGCUGCGUGGCGGGCUCCCUCAGCCACCUGGCUCCGGAGGCGCUGCUGCGCGGCGAGAUGCGGCGCGAGGGCGACGUGUACGCGUUCGGCGUGCUACUGUGGGAGCUGUGCAGCGGCGUGCGCGCCUACCGCGGCCUGAGCAGCGGCGAGGUGGUGCAGGGCGUGCUGCUGCGGGGCCUGCGCCCGCACACCGCUGCCGCCGCCGCGACCGCGGCGGCCUUGGCCUCCUCCGGCACCGCCGGAGCCGCUGCCAAGACGCUGUGCCGGCUCUCCGCCAGCCGCACCACUGCUGCCACUGCUGCUCCGGUGCCGGUGUCGGUGCCUGAGCCGCUGAUGGAGCUGAUGGAGCUCUGCUGGGCUGCGGAGCCGGAGGAGCGGCCCACCUUUGAGGACGUGCUUUACCACAUCGACUGCCUGGUGAUGAGCGUGGGCGUCAUGAUGAAAACGGUGGCGACAGCCGCCGCCGAGGCCCCCGCCUCUGGUCCGGCCGCCGCAGCUGCCGGCAGCGAGCCGCAGGAGCACCAGCCCACAACUCCCGCCACGAGCGAUGAGCAGGAGCCGCAGCAGCCGCUGCAGCCGCAGCUGGACAGAAGCUCCGCAGUCGCGCCCGUGGCGGCUGUGUCCGCGGCGGCGGCGCCCGCCGCACGUGCCGCGGCGGGCGGCUGGGCCGCAGCGCUGCAGGCGAACAAGACCGCGGCCGUCGCGGUCGCCUGCUCCGUCACCUCGGACGGCAGCCGCGCCGGCGUCGGCUCGGUGCUUCCCCUGGGCCGCUGCAAGAGCACAGCCUCCGCCGCCUUCGCAACCACUGGCACUGCCGCACCCACCAUCCCUGUGGCCCACGCGCGCACCAGCAGUGCGCCUGUGUGUCUCGAACUGGCCACCGGCGCCGGCAACACCACCGCGGCGGUGGCAGCGAUGCCUCAUCUGCGGCCCAGCAGCAGCGCCGUUAGCUAUGGAUCGCCCUCCUCCCACGCGCACCCGGCGCAGCCGCCCCCGUCGGUGGCGUCGGCGUACAGCGCGUGCAGCCCGCAGCGCCGCAUGGCGCUGGUGGACUGGGAUUCGUUCGAGUUGACCAGCGCCCUCAUGACCAUAGCGGAGAGCCAGCAGCAGCACGGGCACGACUUCGCCGCCCAGGACGCUGCCCACGUGCAGGGCUUCGGAGACUCGCAGCAGCAGGGAGUCCACCGCGACCAGCAACAGCAGCAGCAGCAGCAGCAGCAGCAACAGCAGCAGCCGCGGCGCCAGCACUCGGGCAGCAGCGUCGUGGUCGCCUACGACCCACUGGGUCUGCAGGAGGACGAUGACGUGGAGUAUGACACGCAGAUGACACUGGUGCCGCCGCCGAAUGCCAGCCUCCUGCAGCAGCGCCAUGCGGAGCAGGGCGGGCAUGCGCCCCGGGCGCGGCCGCUUGGAGCCGAGGCUGCGUAUGGUGCGGGCGCGGUUUGAAGAUGAGGGGUUAAGGCGGCGUGCAGGGGAGUUUGGGGCGUGGUUUGGAGGCAUUCAGACCGUGAGGUGCAUUAGAUUCACUUCGUACUCGGCACGUGUACACUUCGGUACUACUACCCCAAGGCUUAGAAUAAAUGCGGCAUCCGUCCAGGAUGCCUGGCGGUGUUGGCGCGCCUGAUCUGCAUGCGUCACAAAUGCUCAACAAAGUGCAAACUGCAUAUUGCUGAAAUGGGCAUUAGUGCAUUGCCGUGUGAGAAGCCCCGUGGAGUUUGGCAGGAAGAGGCAGCCUGUAUGGCGUAUGCAUAGAGACGCUGUGGCCUCACAAGGGCUGGCAUUUCGGCCAGGUACUACCUGAGAAAUGCCUGAAUAAAGUGUGCGCAUGUGUGUGUGGGUGGUUCUGGAGUGUACGUGCUACGGGGUGUGGGAUGCGGAGGCCAUUAAGCCGCGUGUGUACCGGUACUAAGGUGUAAACGGCAGGACUU